AUGAAGUUUAUUACUCUUCUUUCUAGCGCUGUAGCUGUUGCUGCGGCGCCUCUAUCGCGUACUGCUGAUGUGCGACUCAUGACUUACAACAUCCGUCUGGCCCCAAACCACCCCGAAAGCGGCGAGGAACUUUGGCCCGUUCGUCGACCACGACUGGUUUCGCAACUAAACUUCGAAACUUCCGGACGACCAGAAUCUCUUGUUUGUAUGCAAGAAGCAACAUACCCCCAAAUUCAAGAUCUUCAACAAGAUCUCGGCGACGAGUGGGACUACUAUGGUGUAGGACGCAAAGGCGGCCACGGCGGAGAGUUCUCUCCCAUCUUUUAUCGUCAUUCCGUCUGGAACAUGGAAGAGUCGAAAACAUACUGGCUCAGUAAUACACCAGAGAAAGUCGGUUCGAGAGGGUGGGAUGCUGCAUUCCCUAGAAUUGUUACAGUUGCGCGGUUCCAACAUAUCAGUACUGGAAACCGCCUGGUCUAUAUGUGCACACACCUCGACCACAAAGGAAAACGAGCUCGUGAAAACUCGGCAAAGCUUCUUUCUUCUAUGUCUGAUGAGUGGUCUGACUACAAUAACGAAAUCCUUCCUGUUUUUAUUGGUGGUGAUCUCAACUCAUCACCCGACGAGCCGGCUUACCAGCAUCUCGCCAAAGCCAUGAACGACGUCAAGAGCGUUAUCCCACUCGCCAAGCGCUUUGGUCAUUCUACAUAUACAUACACAGGAUUCACUGUCAAUCCAUCAGACGAUAUGGAUCUGGAUCAUAUUUUCGUCAGAGACCCGAGCGGAAUCCAGUUCAAGUCUUUCGCUGUUCUCAGCAAUCUGUUUGAGGAUGGUGUCUUCAUUUCCGACCAUCGGCCGGUGGUGGUGGACUUAAGGCUGAGCCAUGUUAGUCGCAAACAGCGAAGAGAAGCGGCUGCAUCUGGGAAGAAAGAGUAG